AUGGAAUCUCCCAGUCUGAACCGGUUUCAACCGGUUAAGAGUGAGAGCUUCAGAGGAGAGAGCGCAGCGCAGCCUCCGCACCGCCCCGCUGAAAAAACACAUUUAAACAUAAAAAUUACACUUACUUUGAUUUGGAAAAUGUAUCGCAGGGACAAAUUCCGACCGUAAUAGCAGUUUGGGGAUCCAUAAACUGCAGACAUCCCUCAGACUUGGAGCUGGACUCAGACACAACCAACGCUGCAAAAUAGGAAUAAUUUUGUCUGAUCAACUCUUUUCCUCUCCCGGUCACGGUGCGUGGACUUUCCCCGCGGGAUCCGCUCUUUUCUGUCAGAGCCGUGGACUUUAGAGCUCUAUGCCAGCAGUGAUGACCAUGUUAGCAGACCAUGCAGCACAGCAGCUGCUGGACUUUAACCAGAAACUGGACAUAAACCUCCUGGAUAAUGUGGUCAACUGUCUGUACCAUGGCGUUGGCCCACAGCAGAGGAUGGCGCAGGACGUUUUGACUCACCUGAAAGAGCACCCAGACGCCUGGACCCGAGUUGACACAAUUCUGGAGUUUUCCCAAAACAUGAACACCAAAUACUAUGCUCUUCAGAUUCUGGAAACUGUUAUCAAAACAAGAUGGAAGAUCCUGCCCCGGAAUCAGUGCGAAGGUAUAAAAAAGUAUGUUGUGGGCCUCAUUAUCAAGACCUCUUCAGAUGCUUCAACUGUGGAGAAAGAAAAGGUGUACAUUGGGAAGCUGAAUAUGAUCCUGGUUCAGAUCUUAAAGCAGGAAUGGCCGAAGCACUGGCCCACCUUCAUCAGUGACAUCGUGGGUGCGAGUCGGACAAGUGAGAGUCUCUGUCAGAACAACAUGGUGAUUCUCAAACUGCUGAGCGAAGAAGUGUUUGACUUCAGCAGCGGGCAAAUGACUCAGGUCAAAGCCAAGCACCUCAAAGACAGCAUGUGCAACGAAUUCUCUCAGAUUUUCCAGCUCUGUCAGUUUGUCAUGGAGAACUCCCAGAAUGCCCCUCUGGUCCAUGCUACCCUAGAGACUCUGUUGCGCUUCCUGAACUGGAUUCCUCUGGGUUAUAUCUUUGAAACAAAGCUCAUCAGUACUUUAGUGUACAAGUUUUUGAAUGUGCCGAUGUUCCGUAAUGUGACUUUAAAGUGCCUGACGGAGAUUGCUGGAGUGAGCGUAAACCAAUACGAAGAGCAGUUUGUGUCCCUGUUCACCCUCACCAUGUGUCAGCUCAAACAGAUGCUGCCACUUAACACAAAUAUUCGCCUGGCUUAUGCGAACGGCAAAGACGAUGAACAAAACUUCAUUCAGAAUCUGAGUCUGUUCCUCUGCACGUUUCUGAAGGAGCAUGGUCAGCUGAUUGAGAAGAGACUCAACCUGAGGGAGACACUUAUGGAGGCUUUGCACUACAUGCUGUUGGUCUCUGAGGUGGAGGAGACAGAGAUAUUUAAGAUCUGUCUGGAGUACUGGAAUCACCUGGCUGCAGAGCUAUACAGAGAGAGUCCCUUCUCCACCUCCACGUCUCCUCUGCUUUCAGGAAACCAACACUUUGAUGUGCCCCCAAGAAGACAGCUCUACCUGCCCGUUCUGUCCAAGGUCCGUUUGUUGAUGGUGAGUCGAAUGGCAAAGCCGGAGGAGGUUUUGGUGGUGGAAAACGACCAGGGAGAAGUUGUACGAGAAUUUAUGAAGGACACAGACUCCAUCAACCUGUAUAAGAACAUGAGAGAGACUCUGGUGUACCUGACUCAUCUGGACUAUGCAGACACAGAGCGCAUCAUGACAGAAAAGCUCCAUAACCAGGUGAACGGCACCGAGUGGAGCUGGAAGAAUCUGAACACGCUGUGCUGGGCCAUCGGCUCCAUCAGUGGAGCCAUGCACGAAGAGGAUGAGAAGAGAUUCCUCGUCACCGUCAUCAAGGAUCUGUUGGGUUUAUGUGAACAGAAGAGAGGCAAAGACAAUAAGGCCAUAAUCGCCUCAAACAUCAUGUACAUCGUGGGGCAGUAUCCACGUUUCCUCAGAGCGCACUGGAAGUUUCUCAAAACAGUCGUCAACAAGCUCUUCGAAUUCAUGCACGAGACCCAUGAUGGUGUGCAGGACAUGGCGUGUGACACUUUUAUAAAAAUCGCUCAGAAAUGCAGACGCCAUUUUAUCCAGGUCCAAGUGGGAGAAGUGAUGCCUUUUAUUGACGAGAUUCUGAACAAUAUCAACACCAUCAUCUGUGAUCUGCAACCACAACAGGUGCACACAUUUUAUGAGGCGGUGGGAUACAUGAUCGGAGCUCAGACGGAUCAGGCCGUUCAGGAACACCUCAUAGAGAAAUACAUGUUACUGCCAAACCAGGUGUGGGACAGCAUCAUCCAACAGGCCACCAAGAACGUGGACAUCUUGAAGGAUGCAGAGACGGUGAAACAGCUGGGGUCCAUCUUGAAGACCAACGUUCGCGCCUGUAAAGCUGUGGGCCACCCGUUUGUAAUCCAACUCGGGCGCAUUUACCUCGACAUGUUAAAUGUGUACAAGUGCCUGAGCGAAAACAUCUCUGCCGCCAUACAGACCAACGGGGAGGUGGUGACAAAGCAGCCUCUGAUCCGCAGCAUGAGGACAGUCAAACGGGAAACACUCAAACUCAUCUCCGGAUGGGUCAGCCGCUCCAAUGACCCACAGAUGGUUGGGGAGAACUUUGUGCCCCCCCUGCUGGACGCUGUCCUCAUAGACUACCAGAGGAAUGUCCCCGCAGCGCGAGAGCCUGAGGUCCUCAGCACCAUGGCAACCAUCGUCAACAAACUGGGCGGACACAUCACCUCGGAGAUACCGCAAAUCUUUGAUGCUGUUUUCGAGUGCACACUCAACAUGAUCAACAAGAACUUUGAGGAGUUCCCAGAGCACAGGACUCACUUCUUCUACCUGCUGCAGGCGGUAAACUCUCACUGCUUCCCUGCGUUUUUGGCCAUUCCUCCAGCCCAGUUCAAACUGGUUCUGGACUCUAUCAUCUGGGCCUUUAAACACACCAUGAGGAACGUGGCAGACACCGGUCUUCAGAUUCUGUACACGAUGCUCCAGAACGUGGCUCAGGAGGAGGCAGCAGCUCAGAGCUUUUAUCAGACGUAUUUCUGUGACAUUCUACAGCACAUCUUCUCUGUGGUCACAGACACCUCACACACUGCAGGCCUUACGAUGCAUGCAUCCAUCCUGGCUUACAUGUUUAACCUGGUGGAGGAGGGAAAGAUCACAACAGCCCUAAACCCAGCGACGCCCUCCAACAACCAGGUCUUCAUCCAGGAAUAUGUGGCUAACCUGCUCAAGACCGCCUUCCCACACCUACAAGAUGCCCAGGUGAAGGUGUUUGUGACCGGUCUCUUCAGUCUAAACCAGGACAUUCCUGCAUUCAAAGAGCACCUCAGAGACUUCCUGGUCCAGAUCAAGGAGUUUGCAGGCGAGGACACAACAGACUUGUUUUUGGAGGAACGUGAAGCGUCUCUGCGUCAGGCCCAAGAGGAGAAACACAAAAUCCAGAUGUCUGUGCCCGGAAUCCUAAAUCCACAUGAGAUUCCCGAGGAAAUGUGUGACUGAAAACGCCCCAAAAACCACCCCAAAAUCAUCUUAAAACCCACCUCCACCCUCCAACGCACCGGCACUGCACAGGAGCUCCACAUGAGGGCGCUACUGUGUGACCAAAUGCCAAUAACUGUCCUCUGUGGCUCUUUUUAACGCAUUUUUUAUGGGGAAUUUUCUGUAAAUUUUUCCGGAAAACCUUCUAAUUUUUUGUGUCUUAGGCUCAUACCAAUUGCAUGAAGUUUAAUUAUUAUUAUUAUUAUUAGGAUAAGGUUAACCACGAGAUUCUGUUCCUCAAUUUAAUGUUGUUUAUAUAUAUAUAUAAAUAUGUUAAAUAUAAUAGCAAUGUUUGUGAGAAAUAUUGGCUGCGUUGGUGGGGCUUUUGUAGCUGGUUAAACGCGGCGUCGAAUGUGAAUUUAAGAAUUGCGAAUGAAGGCUUAAUGCUUAGAUGCUCUGCACUAGUAAAAUUAGGAAAAAAUACAGCUUUGAGAUUUGGGCCAAACUUGGUGGAAAUAAUGUCAAAGUAAGUAGUAGAAACUGCUAAAUUUCAAGGCAAUUUACUUUGUAAAUCAAAAUUGGGGCAGUUUAAAACUACAGUUCCUUCAGCAAUAACUAAAUAAAUCUGCAAAUGAUAUGAGCAUUGUAUACUUCCCAGAAAUAGUAAAAAGUCAAUUAUUAGGUCCAAUUAUUUACUUUUGAUAUGAAAUUUGAAAUAAUAGGACAACACUGGGGAACAAAAAUCUCUUAUACUCAUGAAAAUAAAUUGUCAGAAUUUUGGGGAUUUUGAAAAUAGUUUUGCUGCGAAAGAUCUAUUAGCACUAUCUGAAAAGAUUGAUAUGGAAAAUGAUAUAUGAAAGUUGUGUAUUGCAGUUGGCUGGAAUCCAAAGAAUAUACUGGGUUGGACCACAUUUCAGAACAAACUAUGAGCUGGAGCACAGGUCAGAGGUCUAUGGUAGAAUUUGCUAUUUAACUGUCAGAUUGCAGAUUUUAUCUAGUUUAUGGUUAAUGUCUCAUGACUGAAUCUAUCCACGUGAAACAUAAACUGGCACAAAGUUCAAUGUCUUCUCUGUCAGUAUAAAUAAACAUAAGUGAAAUUGUGUUUUCACAAUAGCUUCACAGACAAAUAACGAUAAGGUUCAACAUUUGUGGCUCAUGAUUGGAUAUUUCUUUCAAAAAGAGUGAAUCUCUUAGAGUUUUAUAGACCCCAUCCGCUCAUCUGAAAUUAUGACAAAGUCUAGAACGUGAAUGUAACUUAUGCAUUUGACCUUAUUCACUCCAGUUUUGCCUGAAACUUCUCUCGUCUGUUCUCCUGGUUGUACACGUGCAGAGGUGUUCUCUUGAGUGCACAUCGCCCCCUGGAGGCUGUGGAUGAGUGUCGCACGUCGACAUGCUUUUGUUUUCCUCUGAGAGGAGUUUCUUUAUGGGACAGUUUGGAGCGGGACGUAUUUAUGGUUGUUUCUUCAUCUUUAUAACGAACUUUGGUUGAACUCACGUGAAAAUGGUUUGGAAAUGUACUAAUUUCAAAAAUGCAAAAAGUGAAUAUCGAAAUGAGUUCAAAUGACUUGAAAUUUUAAUGUUAAGCUUAGUUUCAGUAGAUUUAACCUUUUUAGAUUUAAUUGCUCGGUCUAAAUUAUGUAAUUUUUUUUUUUUUUUUACCAGUUUCAAGUUAUCUUAAAGGUUCACUAUGUAACUUUUCUAAUAGAUGAUCCACCACACGCUUGUAUCAAUGGGGAUGUUAUUGCUUGAAAUGUUUUGCGGUAGUGCAUUAAACAUACCUAUCUUACAUUUAUUCAAUUACACUUGUUUUAUGCAAAAAAAAGAUAUGCAUUCUUACAGUGUGCGGUCUCUCAUCUUCACAGAUCUGACCUGUAACUUGGCCUAGUUUGUCAAUUGCUUGUCUCCGUGGAGAUCGAUAAGUUCAAUAACAUACUGUGGAGCAUUCAAAGCAAGAGACAAGCAGAUGGUGUAUGUUUCGCCAGAAAAGUUACAUAAUCCAACUUUUAUAGUGUAACACAAUUCAAUAAGACCAAAAUCUCACCGACACACUGACAAAAGCUGAUACUUUUUUUUUUUUUUUUUUUUUAAAGCCUCAGUAUGUCACUUUUUUAGCCAAAAAAAUAGACUUUGUUUAUUGCACUGAAUGACAUGCAUGCAUCCUUAACAUGAGCAGGUUUGCACUCUCCACAGACCUGACUCUUUAUUUGUCCUGGAGGAGGGCUGAUCUCUGGCUUCCAUUGGCUGUAAUGUUCCAUAGUAUGACUUAAAAUGGAUACAUCUUCAUGGAAAAUGUGUAUGGUUUUAACUUUCCAUUUCCUUGAAGUCAUUCAGGUGACAUGCAACCUCCAGAAAGUUACAUAUUGUAUCUUUAAACUUAAUCUCGACAGAAAAAAUUAAUUAUUUUAAACUAGUCCAAACAUCUGAAAUUCAGAUUAUAAUCCUGGUUUCAUGUCAUUUCCCUCUUGUUUGUUGUUCACUUUGAGAUGUUCGUUUACCGCGUGGUUUGGCUCCAGUGACGCUUGGAGCGAACUCUGGUUUACAUUUAAAUUUGCAAUUCUCAUUUGUUCGAGUUCUGUCCAAAUGCAGAGUUUUUUGUUUUUUCGCGGGGGAUGAAAUAAAGCGUCGAAUUAGGAACCUGUAAAUGACCUGGUGUUACUCUGUUGUGAACUUUUUGAACUGAUUAAAGUUGAAUUUUAUAA